UCUUGUUUCGCAUUAUUGUGUACUUCCUUGCGUGGGUAUCCCAUUACGGAAUCCUGUUAAAUCUCUGACCCAUGUGACAGUCUGAGUAAGCCUUUACUCGACCAGAGUCGGCGAACGAACGAUGUGGGUACCCAGCUUUCGAAAACGAUAACGAAAUACGAAACCCGUGGCUUUUGGAUGCAGUGUGAGUGAUGAGAUAUUAAAUAGUGUCGUGUUGAAGAAAUUUAGUUUGUUGUGAACGCCGGACAUGCCUGAAUUUCGAAGACUGGCUUACAGUAUUAAGAAAAAGAAGUCGCUUUCUCUGGCUCUACCGUUGAGUCACUCGAGAAGUUCCAUUAACCUGAUGCGAUAACGUUUUAGAUGCAUCUAAGUUCGGUUCAAGUAAUGUGCGCAGCUCUUCUGACGCUCGCGCUCACCUGCACCGCGCUGCCCGGCGGCCAGCGCGAGCACCACAUUACGCGUCGCUCCUUCUACGACCUGCAAUGCAAGGGCGUCUACGACCAGGUCAUGUUUAACCGUCUUGACCGCGUCUGCGACGACUGUUAUAACCUCUUCAGAGAAUCUCAGCUCUUUAAUCUGUGCAGGGCUGACUGUUUCACCUCAGACUACUUCAAGGGAUGCGUUGAGGCCCUCCUCCUAAACGAGAAUCUCGACACUUACAAGAAAUAUAUUAAACAUUUACACGGGGCUGAUCCGAAACUUUAGGUCAAAAUGUUUCACUACACCCUACUUCAAGGGAUGCCUGGAGUCUUUGUACCUCAACGACAAGGAGGAAGAGUUAGAUCAAAUGAUCGAUUUCGUUGGAGGGCGCUAACAUGCGUACGCGCACGCCAACGAUUCGCAACGUUUUUUGCCACAUGACAUAUAACGCACACGAGGGC